CGGCCGUGGACGGUUGGAUUGACGGCAAGGCAAGGCAAGCAGAACCACGCACGCAUGGCUGCUGCUGUAGAACUAGCACCGGCCCCUCCGAAUUGCGCGAUGUACACAACGUGCACUUCUACCAUCGCAUUCCUGGCACGGCUUCUAGCUGAACACUGUUCCCCUUCACAUCCCUUCGCUGCCAGAGCUGCAUCACUACUGACGAAGACUUGUGGUUAAUGCUCCUGAUCUCUCUCCGCGACAUCUUCUUCCACUUCCUUGGAUCUUUUGGCGGAGCGAGUCCAGCCUAAGCCGCAGCAAUGGUAUUUGAUGGCCCGCCGGAGUUUGGUCUCGGCGACCAGACUCUCAAAGGCAACAACAAUGCUGUAAAUCCAUCGCAUGGGCUGGAUGCAGAGAAGCCUGGGUUCGGGGAUGCUGGCUACUACCAUGGCUUCUCAUCAUCGCAAGAUGCUGCCGAGCGCGGCGCAAGACGAGGGACCGGGACCGAGACUCGUAAGAUGAGCAGAAUCGACAAGCCUCGCACGACGUCGAUCUCUGAAUCCGUCGGUGGUCGUCAAAUGAACGACAGCGACUCCGAUGAUAACACUGUCUCGGUUGAGAAGCAGAUGGAGUUGGAAAAAGGCAAUGAGAUCCAGUACAGAACCUGUUCCUGGCAGAAGACUGCUGCACUGCUCUUCUCAGAGUACAUUUGUCUGGCUAUUAUGAGUUUUCCAUACUCCUACUCUGUGCUUGGUCUGUCUGUGAAAGAUGUAUGCGAUAUUGGCCAAAUGCUUUUCUGGGGCAAGAAGUGGGCCUGGUACUUCACUGCUGGCAUGUUCCUGCUCAACAACACUUUCAUUCAAGGCUUCCAUUGCUUGGUCGGUUCGAAAUAUCUCAACACCAUGACCAACGGCGGACUCUGCACUGUGGUCUUCUCGGCUAUCGUCGCCAUCGUAUCUUUUUUCAGCUCUUUGCCCAGGACAUUUGACACGCUCUCCAAGCUUGCAGGCGCCUCCGCAUUCUUCACCUUCAUUUCGGUGCUACUCGCGGCUAUCUUCGCGGCCAUCGAAGAUCACCCAGGUUAUGGUUGGCCGUCGAAGGGUGCUCCAGUCGUUCUCGCGGUUCCAGCUAGCGGCACAACUUUCGUUGCAGGCAUGAACGCGUUCAUGAACAUCAGCUACACUUUCAUCGGGCAGAUCACAUUGCCCUCUUUCAUCGCCGAGAUGAAGGAGCCAAAGGACUUCCCCAAAGCUUUGUGGGCUGUCACCAUCGCAGAGAUCAUUCUUUUCUCGCUCGUAGGAGGAAUUGUCUAUGGUUACACCGGUACCAACUACAACACCGCACCAGCCUUCGGGUCCCUCGGCAACGACGUCUAUCUGAAGGUUUCAUUUUCCUUCAUGAUUCCGACAAUCAUCUUCCUUGGAGUCUUAUAUGCUUCAGUCUCUGCUCGCUUUGUCUUCUUCCGCCUGUUUGCUGAGACUCGCCACAUGACCUCUAACACUAUCAUCGGCUGGGCUGGCUGGGCUGGUAUUCUUGCCGUGACAUGGGUGUUUGCUUUCAUUAUCGCGGAGGUAAUCCCGUUCUUCGCAGACUUGCUCUCUCUGAUGAGCUCGCUCUUCGACAGCUUCUUCGGAUUCAUCUUCUGGGGAGUGGCAUAUAUGCGCAUGAGAGCUGCAGACUAUGGCUCAGACUAUUUCAAGACUCGUGGAAUUCGAGGCUGGAUCGGAUUCAUCUUCAACAUCGUCCUCAUCGGGAUCGGUCUUCUGUUCUUGAGCGGCGGUACCUAUGCUUCUGUGCAGUCGAUCAUUGAUGGGUACGAAGCAGACAACUUUGGAGGUCCAUUCACUUGCGAAUCCAACCAAGUCAACCCGUUGGUGAGAAGCGGGUAGUGGACUGGAAGGUGUAAGCUGGACAGAACGCACAUAUUGAAUGACAGCAAAGAUUUAUUCUGCUAUGAAACUGAAACAUGAUGGUCUUCUUUUCG